AUGGACUUUGAUAGGAGUGGGACGCUAGGAGCAGCAUUCCUGGGUGGGAUCGCAGCGUCCAUACUGUACGGCGUAACGAGCGUACAGACGCUCAUCUACUUCCAGGGUACACACAAAGACGGGCGGGCGUUCAAAAGUCUCAUAUUCUUCCUCUGGAUCCUCGACACCCUCCACUUCACCUUCACCGUGCACGGGCUCUACUUCUACUUCGUUUCCCACUUCGGUGACUUCGUGGUGCUGAGGGAGCCCCCCUGGUCGCUCGUCGCUGGCGUGUACCUCACGACAAUUAGCGAUAUGAUCGUCCGCUGCAUCUUCGCCCACCGGGUAUCCAUACUGUGCGGGAGGUCCCGGCGCGUCCUGAGGGUCCUUCUGCCCAUCGUCAUCUCUGCCUUGGCGUUCGUCGUGUUCGUUAACGGCAUGGGCUUCGCCACCGGGACGUACAUACUGGGCACGUUCGAGCGGAUGAACAAGAUCGCCCCCAUGCUCUACCUCAGCCUCUCCUCCGCCGUCGCCGCCGACUCGACCGUCGCCAUCUCGCUCUGCGUCCUCCUCUUCGCCAGUCGGACGGGGAUCAAGCGGACGGACUCGCUCUUGACACUCCUCAUCGCGUUUAGCAUCAACACCGGUUUACUGACAAGUCUAUGUGCGCUCGCAACUCUAAUCACGUACGCGAUCUGGCCCCAUCGGUUCAUAUUCAUGGGUUUGUACUUCACGUUGAGCAAACUAUACGUAAACUCCCUCCUCGCGUCUCUCAACGCCCGCCUUUCCCUCUGGUCGCACGCCCAAGCCCAAGACCGGCGCCGGGCAUCAGCGGAGACGGAGCGCUUCGAGGACGUAGGCACCCGCGUGACGUUCGUCGUUGGACCUGGUGUUACAGGCAAGGGGACGGGGACGAGUGAGACUGGGAUGGGGGUGGAGAUGAAGCCCGAGCUGGAGGUACAGGUUGCAAAGCUGGAACGAGAACGAGAUGAUGAACUAGAACGAGGGGUGAAGGAAGAGAGGAGGCGGGGCGAUUCGGAGAGGCGGGGUACGGGCGAUGAGAGGGAGGAUGGUGGGUGA